AUGCUGUCCGACUUGUUGCUGGCCACUCCCUUUUUCCCGAGCGAGAUCCUUCUCGAGAAUUCCCUCUCUUUUUUCGUCGCAUUGCUUACUUCAUUUCCUCAUUCGACUGCCUUUACUCCCGCCGUGCCUCCUUCCACCAGAGGAGUGCUUGACGAUACCCACGAUAUUUACGACCCGCCCACGAUAACGCACCCUCCACGGCACCGCCAGCAGCAGCAGCAACCUGCUCUUGAAUUCGCGCCCUCGUCGUCCAAUCCACCUCGCUCAUCAAGCGCCUCUGGCAGUCUUCGUCGUUUGCGACGAGUCUCCCCACGACUUGACAUCCCCAACCCUGAAGCUCCCACUCACCGCCGAACCACAGCGGUUGAUGAGACACUGAGGCGCUCUCAUCACCAUACUCGACGACACAGCCGACACACAUCUGCCCCGCGAGCAGCCGGCCGCAGUUUUGCUGAUAUAGCCCCCGCUCUCUCUGAAGCAGAAACAGAAGCCGGCGCAUCCACUUCUCAGGACUCGGUCCAGCAAUUGGGAGAGUCGUACUGGCCAUCUCGCUCGACCAGAGUUUCCCCGCGCACAGCCUCUGCUAUUCUUUGGGCCCUGGAAGAAGCUAUUCGCAAACCAUUCCCGUUUUCUCCGUAUCUGGAAGAACUCAACGCUUCCAUGUCCGAACUGAUUAGUCCCGCGGCGCCAGUGGGAGCUGGAACCAGUAUCCGCCCUCAAAAUGGAGGUUCUCGCACAGCACAGGCGUCGCGGCCUGUUCACACCCAGGUGCCAGCGGGCGUGCGCACUCCGACUGAUAUUAUGAGAGAUCGUCGAGAUCGCGAGGCUAGGAAGAAGGCAGAAAAGGAAGCCCGUGAGCAACAAGUAGCACAUGAAGCAGAAUUGCUGCGAAACCAGCAAGAGCAAGAACGGCAGCAGCAAACUCAAAGGCAGCCGUACUCUGCUGCUGCUGGCGCUGCCAGUGGAAACCCCACCACCCAGGCUACACGACAACCAACAUCAGAACAAGGUCGUUUACCUGGAGCGUCUGGAAAUGGGAAUUUGAGACCAGCACCAUCUCAACAACAACCGGCUCCACCGACCGCAUCACAACCCACCCAAAACCCAACUCAGGGUCCGCAACCCCAGGAGCAGCCACGCCGAGCAACGUUCCCCCACGCCUUUGAGCGAUGGGAAACGCUCUCCUCGCAUUGGGAAGGGCUAACUGGGUAUUGGAUCCGGAAACUCGAACAGAACAACACGGAGCUCAGCGAGGAUCCUCUCAACCAACAAAUGGCCCGCCAAAUCAAUGAUUUGUCUGCUGCAGGAGCAAACCUAUUCCAUGCCGUGGUGGAGCUGCAGCGUCUCCGAGCGUCGUCGGAGCGCAAAUUCCAGCGAUGGUUUUUCGACACUCGUGCAGACCAAGAAAAAUCCCGAGAGGUUCAGGCUGACCUUGAACGCCAACUCCAAGUAUUGAAACUGGAGCGGUCUGACGCAGGAGAACUACGCCAAAAAGCAGAAAGUGAGCGCAAAAAGGCCGAGGAAAUGGUCAAAGAAAUGCGGCGCGAACUCCAGAUUUCAAAAGAAGAGGCUAGAAGAGCGUGGGAAGAGCUCGGCCGUAGGGAACAGGAAGAACGGGACCGCACGACAUCACUUCGCAGUGGCGAGCCUACACAUGUAGGGGGUGUCCAGGUAGUGCCUAUGAUCACUGGAAUGCCCAGCCGACAAAAUAGCAGCGCCAACAGACCGCAAACUCGCGAAGGUCCUUAUCCCGGUGGCCCGACUGCUACAGGAAUGGGCGGCAUGCCCCAGGAUCAGGCUGCUUAUUCGGAGGAAGAUCAGCUAGAGAACGAUCCUUUUACUGAAACCCCACGAGCCUCUAGAUAUCCGCCUGCACCAGACCCGGCCGCUUUCACUGGCGGUACACCCAAGUCUCAGCCUCCAGUGACAUCGGCAGCGUACGCAGACCCUCCCGGCCAUUUCUACCAACAUGGGGGAACAGUCCUGCACGGGGAACAAGAGGCGGAUGACCGCUCGUAUGUGGCUAGCACCGAAGGCAGCGAGCUUGAAGCCGAGUACGCAACCCACGGCGGCGUAGACUAUCACGCUGGGGUGGAAAGCCAGGAAUACGCCGGCAGUGACGAAUACGACGACGAUAGUCAACAAGAAUACGAUCCCACGCACCCGCCAGUCUCUGGCGGCGCAGCCCCUGUGCACCACACUUACGGACCGGGCAACGUCGACUACAGCGGCUCUGGCUGGGGUGGUUGGGACUCGGUCACCCCUCGACACCGACAUCCCACGCGUCUGAGUGACGUACUGGAGGAAGACGAGCGGAGCCGAACCAGCCCGAGUCGCGCCAGCCAGGCCAGCCGCGGCUUGCACUAG